UAAACGCCACACUUACAUGUGGUUUUUAAUCAUAUAUAAACGGGUGCAAUCUGACUCAAAAACCGUCCAGACGAUUUGUUAUGAAUCAUUACGUGUAUGUGUCAGAGUGACUGGGAGGGAACACUAAUCCACCGCCAGAAAGGUUAAUACGACAGCCAAUUCAGUGAUCCGUAGCCGCUCCCACACAUGUUGUACAACGUACUUAAGAAAAUCCAGCGGAUAGGCUUCGAUCAAGUGGAAGUCCACAUCCCAGACUUUCUUUGUAAUGUACAUACAGAUGUAUCUAUCUUUGGGGAUCACGGGAACCACAAGUAUGUCUGGCACCUGCUUGCAACCGCUUGCAUAUGUGGAACGUCUGUUGGAAUACUAUGGUCUUCGUUGUGAUGCACAUAAAAACCCAUGGCAAAUGGCACGGAGGAUAUUGAUAUUUCAGUUUACCAUGCGCUGCUAUCCGGCUGCUGUUUGGCUUCUUAGUAUUUCCAGAAUAAGUUAUUCAAACUUUUUUUACAUCAGAUAAUCUCAAAAUCCCCACCUUCCUCCUUCUCUGUAUUUACGAGCUGUCUUGUCCCUCUAAUGAAGACCAGUUAACCGGCAUGAAAAGCCCUCCAGAAAGUUGCCUUAACUCUCACAUGUGUUCAGACACCCUUCAAAGCAAGUCCCUAAAAUAGCGCCCCAGAUUGACAACAGAUAAGACAGGUGAUGUUCGAGUUAAGCAUUAACAUUUACUUUGUACCCUGCCGUACAAUUAUACUACCGCGCAUCCAGGUGACGGUGGGCACAGUCUUUCAUUUGUGCCCUCUCCCACCCCGCCUGGACGAAACCACAAGUGGUACCCCCCAGUUCCACGGACAUCUACUCGGCAAUUUGUUACGCGAAAAGGAGGUAAUUGCAAGAACAACCUCUGCCCGGUAUCAUUUCAUUCUCACACACAAUUGACAAAAGGCGCGCACUUAGUAAUAAGGUGGUGCCGUCAUCGCCCCACGGUUCAUUUCAGCGGCUAGGACUUCGCGUGUGUAAUUGGUCUUAAUUACAGCAUGUCCUCUGCGCCAGCUCGGCCUGGGUAGCAAGACGCUCUUUUCACAGGCAUGUUUUUGCCCUGGGAGGGUGACAACCGCUUCAAGAUAAAGCGAUAAAAGAUGGUGAGAGAACUUGACGAUAUUUGUUGCGGUCCGGGGUUGGAGAGUGUAUCGUUUCUGGGGUGAGGUUUGCAGAGGAGGGAUCUGUCGUGGCCUGCCAUUUAUGGCAUUUCUCAAUUGUCGUAAUCAUCUGUCUCAUUUAUUUCAAUCAAAUUAAGAUCGCCCUGGGCUGAUUUUUUUGUGUGUGCCAUCCCUUUAUCCAGCCAGAGUCUACAUUGUAGCGGGUGGGGUAACGUACUUAUAAAGAAUGCGGCGCCCCAAUUGCCGACAGUGUCGGUUGCAUGUUGCACGCCUCACCGCGGUUGGCCCCGGGUCUCAUCGGCGGGAGGCGGUCAAGUGGGUCGUCUGACAGAGACCUACUCACGCGAAGGGAUGGAAAUCACCACUUCAGUCUUUCUGCUGUGCACCCUCGUCGUCCACUUUCUGACGGAGUUUUGUAGCGGCUUCCCCGCGCAGCCUGCAGAGCCCAUGCCCAGGUCACGCACGCCACGCCAGGUAGACUUUACAAGUACCUACACGCACCUGGGCUCCAAUAACAGGACCAAGCAGCUGUACUGUCGGACAGGCUACCACUUACAACUUUUUAGCAACGGCGCCAUCGGGGGCACCUCGGAGGAUGGCAACGCCUACGCUGUUGUCCACAUUCUCACGGUGGAGGUGGGCGUGGCCGGGAUAUGGGGCGUGGAGGCCUCCAGAUAUCUGUGUAUGGACAACAGAGGGAACUUAUACGGAUCGCCAAACUUCACAACAGACUGCGAGUUCCUAGAGAGAAUAGAAGACAACGGGUACAACACAUACGCAGCAAGGAAUCGCCGAGGCAGGAAUAACCGACGCUGGUACGUUGGGUUGGACAGACAAGGACAGCCCCGGAGGGGCAGCAGGGUCAGGAGGACUCACAUAUCAGGCCAAUUUUUACCAAGACAAAUCGAGUAAUAUUCCAUGUGUGAGCUGAGUUACAGCUUGACUUCUGGGCUAAGCUUUAUUGCAGAGUAAAGCACGCGAGGCUUUUCUUGCCUUGCCUCCGAUUCUGGCUACAUACAAGCUUGAUGCCUGUUCCCAAGGAGCUGCAAACGGGAGAGUCAUUAACAGAUCCCGGGAAAGGCAGCUUCAAGGUCAAGAUGGACGACUGGUGCGGAAACAGAUGUGACGCACUUCCGGUUCGACGAGAUGGGAUCUGCUGGUCAGAAAGACGUCGAGAGACGUAACUCGAUAUGGACUUGUACGUCUCCAAAGUGCGUCAAUGGAAGAUCUAACUAAUGACAAGAACAAUGUGACUUUGGUGUAAUCAGAAAAUCGGCAGCGAUGGAGAUGAGACUAUACUUCUUCUCGUGACGAAACUGUGACAUCCAAAGACGUCCUUUAAUACAGUCAGGGGCCUACUGUAACAACCCCAAACUCCUGCACAAUCUCACGAAACUGUGCCUUAAUUAUCACUUUCUUAAGCCUUGUCCAUUUUUGUCUGAAGAUCUCUAAUCGAUAUCUGCUUUCACGACGAUCAAACGACCAACAGUUAAAAUUGUUUUGAGAUAUUUCACCAGAUGUAAUGUAAGCGAAUAAGACUAAGAAAGUAAAUCAACGUUCUUGACUAAGGAACAUUCUUCUCCAGCAGUCAUGAGAACAAGAACUUCUAUAUAUAUAUGAAAUUCUUGCUGGUACUUGAUGAUGGAUUAUUUAUUUAUUGACACUUUCAGUUUUAAACUUCCUAAUAUGCUAUUUAUCUCAAUGACGAUGUGUACAUGUGAUUCGGGUGAUAUUGGCACCAUGACGAUCUGGAUAAACCAUUGAAGGGUAUACUGACUGACAAUGUGAUUAAAUCACUAUUGUUUCCAUCGA